AUGCCUGCGCCAAGGUGGUCUAACGGCCGACAGAGGCAUCCGCCUCCAUUGAGCUCACAGGUCAAGGAAGACGAGUCUGAAUCGCAGUCGCAGCCCGCGGCGUCGGCCUUACCUCCCCCAACCCAACUCGAACGCCCAGCCGACUGCAUCAAUCGCGAAUCGACACCAAAUUUCGCUGUUCUCUGCAACAUGAUGGACCGCCUGAGGAGCGAGAAGGCAAACAAACGCUUUGAUACUCUGAAGCGCUUCAUGGACGUGUGGCGCCUCAAGGUUGGAAACGACCUGUAUCCUUUAAUCCGUCUUCUACUCCCUGAUCGAGACCGCGAAAGGCCCGUCUACAACCUCAAGGAACAAAUGAUGGCCAAGUGCUACAUCGAAGUGCUUGGUCUAGAUAAGAGCAGUGACGCCGCGCAGCGCUUGCAGAAUUGGAAGCAGCCUGUGGAGGGACAAGGGGAGAACUCCUCGGGAGACUUUGCUCGCGUCUGUUUCCAUAUCAUCCAGGCUCGCUCAACUGUGGAGGAAGGCCGUCUCAGUGUGGAGGCCAUUAACCUCAUCCUCGACCAGCUGGCAAGGGGCAGACUGAAGCAAAACCAGAUUGUUCCGAUUUUGAGGAGAGUCAACGAGCAGUGCACUCCGACGGAGCAGGAAUGGCUCAUCCGUAUCAUUCUUAAAGAUCUCCGCAUCCAGAUCCGCGAGAAGGGUAUCUUCAACUGCUUCCACCCUGAUGCCAACGCUCUAUUCAAUGCAACCAACAUUGAACUGUUCCGCUGCUUCCUUCCUCAGCUUUGCUAUCGAUCUCCCACGUCGUCUCACGAGGUGAUUGCCAAGCUUGUCGGUGGACCGGACAACAAAUUCAUUAUGGAGGAAAAGUUGGACGGCGAGCGUAUUCAACUGCACAUACGCAACUCCGGCGCAGAAUGGUUCUACUGCUCGCGCAAAGCCAAAGACUACACCUAUCUCUACGGCUCCCACGUCGGUGAAGGAAGUCUCACCCAGUUUAUUUCCGGUGUCUUCAAUGACAAUGUUCACAACAUUAUUCUUGAUGGCGAGAUGAUGGUCUGGGAUCCUGCGCUAGAAAAGUACCUCGCUUUCGGUUCACUCAAGACCGCGGCGCUGGACAGGAUAUACGACGAGAACUCCCCCAGGCCCUGUUUCAAGGUUUUCGACAUCCUGUACCUUAAUGGCCACUGCCUGACUGGCAAGCGACUCUCGGAGCGUAAAACCCUCCUCAAGAACCACAUCUUCAAAGACCUCGACAUGUUCCGCGGUCGCAUCGAAUUGGUCAAUGAAGAGGAGGGCCGGACUGGAACUGAUAUUCGCAACAUGCUCGAGCGCAUUUUGGAGCAAAAGGGCGAGGGCAUGGUUGUGAAGAAGGCCGACAGUCGCUAUGUCACCAACUCGCGUGAUGCAGACUGGAUCAAAGUCAAGCCGGAAUAUGCCGACCAAAUGGGCGAGAACUUUGACCUUUUGGUCCUUGGCGAGUUUAGUGACCUAGUACUCUCUGACCCUCAGGCGGAUGGUGGGGCAAAGGUGGCCGCACAGGCAAGCUCUCGAGUCUGCUCCUCGGCCUUCGUGUGCCCCAAGAAGACGAUGGUUCCGGCGAGCGUCCCCUGUAAGCGAUUAUCAAGGUUUGCUUGGUCUUACUUGGCCAGGUUUAAAACGUUUGCGAGCGUCGGUUCAGGAAUGAACUAUGCCGACUACGAAUGGAUUCUCAAGAACCAUAAAGAUGACUGGAAGCCGUUUGACCGCAGUAACCCUCCCUAUUGGUUGGAGAUGGGAGCGACAGGUGUCGACGAUAAACCUGAUGUUUAUAUUAAUCCGGAAAAAUCGUUUGUUAUCGAAGUCAAGGCGUCCGAGAUUGUCGUGGCAGCCGGAGGAUAUGGCGUGGGCUACACCCUUCGUUUCCCCCGCUGUCGGUUCAUUUACUGGGAUCGACAGAGCCGUACCAAUUCCUCUGGUGAGGAGCACAAAGACAGGGACAUGUGGAACUGCCUGAGCUUUGAUGAGUUUACGGUCCUCAUGCAACAGCCCAAGAAGCGGUAUACGGACGAUGAUGGUGGAACGUGGGUGUUGAUUUGGAGGAGCCAACUGACUGGCAGCUCCCGCAAGAAGCGCCGUGUCACGACAACCCGUCGCAAGGUGGAACUGUUCGAGAGCUUCCGCGGUCAAAAGCUAUCCAACGCGUUAGUGGAAGACAGCAUCUUCACUGGCAUGACCUUCUUCAUUCCUAAGGAUGCUCCAGGACACACCAAAUCGGAGCUUGAAGCACUUGCUCACAAACAUGGUGGCAACUUCACGCAGGCCCAGUUAUCAGACGCCUCGGCGUUGGUCAUCUCUCACGACGACAAAUCUCCCCGUGUCAAGGCCCAAAUCCGCAAAGGUGUCAGUGUGAUCAAGCCGCAGUGGAUCUUCGAGUCGAUUAAGCGCCACCGACCCAUCCCUCUGCUCAAAGAAUUCCUUGCGUUCGCCUCCGACGACGAUCAAGGGGGGCGCUACUACAACAAGACGCUAACGGAGUUUGACAAGAUUAGCUUGGUACGAGAUCGCACUGGCGAGGCUCUUGUCGAGGACGAAGCCGACGAGGAGAUGCCCGAAGAUGAAGAGCCUGAGGCAGACGAACUCAGGGAGCCCACACCACCCCCAACCAACCAUCAAGUCAACGCUGCAGCUUUAGCAGUGGCAUGGGGUAUCGAUGAUGCGUCGGCCAGCUACCGCUACAAACCUCGUGAAGCUCCGUCUAGCCACUCGGAUACCGCCUCGGAUGGCGGGGACGACGGGGACGACACGGACGACGAUCGCCACCACUCGGACUAUGAGGAGGAGGAGUAUGACGAUGACUUCGCCAUGGGACAGCCCGCUCCCGUAGAGUUCAAUCUCAGCCUCGAACCCACCCUCCCUGAGCCCGAGUCGUCGCAGCACCAGCCACUCAUGCGCAUCUUUGACCCCAACAACCCGCCCGACACUUAUCAAGCCAUGGGUGAGGGAGAGAACGUAAACGCAUACGACGAGGACCAAAUCUUCUCCCACCUUGUGUUCUACCUCGACACGCCAGACAAUGCCAAGCUGAACGGCCUUGCCGAGUCUAGUCCCCCUUCUGCAGCUGGGGAUAGACUGGCCGAGGCGGCCAAACAGCUGUCCGAGAACGGCGGUCGUAUCGUCACCAAUGUCCUGCACCCUAAGCUUACCCAUAUUGUGAUGGAUGACGAGGACUCUGGUCGUUAUGUUGAGCUGGUGCGCGGGACUUCAAAGCCAAAGCACAAGCACAUCGUCCUUCCAUCCUGGGUGGUGGAGAGUGUCGACGAGGAGACUCUGAUGGACGAGGAUUCACACAAGCCCAAGUAG